CUCAUUUCCAAGGAAGCUGAUUGAUUGACACAGAUUGUAGAUUCCUCAAGCUGUUCAGAAAGGUUUGGAGCCCUGAUUUUGGGGCUCUGAUGGCCAUGCUGCUGGUGCCCGUCUGUGUCCUGCUGUCAGUAGGGGGUGCUCUAGGGGGAGGGUACCCCUCCGUACCCCAGCCCCUGCCACAGAUGCAGUACAUGCAGCCCAUGGUGAAGGGGCCCCUAGGACCCCCCUUUAGAGAAGGAAAGGGACAAUACCUUGAUGGUCCUCCAGUGAUUCCUCAAGGGGAGCCUGGCCCUCCAGGCAAGCCUGGCCCUAGGGGCCCCCCAGGACCUCCAGGGGUACCAGGAAAACCCGGGCUUGGGAAUCCGGGCCUGGAUGGAGAACCUGGGCCCCCAGGUUCUCCGGGAUUUUCCGGAAUUGGGAAACCAGGGUUGCCAGGACCACCGGGGAAAAUGGGGCCAAAGGGCAUGAAUGGUCUGCAGGGUGAGGCUGGUGCACAGGGUGAGCCAGGUCCCAGGGGGUUACCUGGAAAUCCAGGCCUUCCAGGUCCAGUGGGCCUGUCCCUCAAUGGUAAGCCUGGCCUGCCGGGUGGCAAGGGUCCCCCAGGGACCAGAGGGGAACCAGGCCAAAAAGGAAGCCCAGGAGCUCCUGGAGAGCCUGGUCUCAAAGGAGAGAAUGGCAAUGGUAAUCCAGGCCUGGCUGGCCCCAGGGGCCCUGGUGGGCUUCAAGGGCUGCCUGGGGAACCUGGUGUGCCAGGCGUUGGUAAACCAGGACUGGAUGGUGUGCCUGGGCCACCUGGCCCUAAAGGAGAUCAGGGUGCUCCAGGAGAGCAAGGUCUGCCAGGUGAAACAGGCCCUCUUGGGCUACAGGGCCAGCCAGGGCCAGAAGGAGUGGGGAAACCAGGUUUGGAUGGCUCACCUGGUAUGCUUGGGCCAAGCGGACCAAAGGGUGAACCAGGAAUAAGGGGCCCUCCUGGGUUACCUGGGGCACCUGGUUAUGGCAAGCCGGGGUUGACUGGGCAGAAAGGAGAUCGUGGACUCUCAGGAAAGCCAGGGCCCCUUGGUGAAAAGGGGGAGCCUGGGAUGGUGGGUAAGCCAGGAGUUGUGGGCCCUGAUGGACAGCCGGGAGCCCCGGGAAUGCAGGGGUCCGUGGGGCUCCCAGGAAAGCACGGGAUUCCUGGCGGUAAAGGAGAGAUGGGCCCUGUGGGACCACCAGGCUUGCCAGGGAUCAAAGGAGACCAAGGCCCUAGUGGGAUGGUUGGACAGCCUGGCAUUCCAGGGGAGAAGGGGCUGCCUGGCCCCAGUGGAGCUUUAGGCAAACCGGGUCCUAAGGGAGAGCAUGGACAUAUUGGUUUACCUGGAAACCCUGGCUUAGUUGGCGCGCCAGGGCCCAAAGGGGAAUCUGGGCUGUCUGGAGCCCCAGGUCCUCGUGGGCAGUCAGGAAUCCCUGGUCUUCAGGGGCCCACAGGUCCUAUUGGACCUCAGGGCAUUCCAGGGCUGAAAGGGGAGCCUGGCCUACCAGGGCCAACAGGAAUAGGGAAGAAUGGAGACCAAGGAGUGGCUGGGCCCCAGGGGCCUCCUGGAAAACCUGGCCCCAAUGGGUUGGAUGGUCCUCCAGGACCUCCUGGUCCUCCUGGACCCCCUGGUCCCCCAGGGGUCCUCUUCAAUGGCGAGAUGCAGGUAGCUGGACUUCAGGAGACUGAGGUGGGCGGCGACUCGGUUCCAGAUGGAAAGGAGGAGAGACCACAAUACGUAAGUGCAGAACUCUCUGCCACUAUGGUCCCGGCCUUCACUGCAAUCCUGACCACGCCCUUUCCACCCUCUGGUGUGCCUAUCAAGUUCGAUAGGACCUUGCACAACAGUCUGAAGGCCUACAAUCCUGCCACAGGCAUCUUCACUUGUCCAUUCCCUGGUGUCUACUAUUUCUCCUACCAUGUACAUGUUAAAGGAACAGGCCUUUGGGUGGCACUCUACAAGAACAACGUUCCUGCCACAUAUACCUAUGAUGAGUAUAAAAAGGGCUACAUGGACCAAGCUUCAGGCAGUGCAGUGUUGGAACUCCAGGAAAAUGACCAGGUUUGGGUGCAAAUGCCCUCUGACCAGGCCAACGGGCUUUACUCAACCGAGUACAUCCACUCCUCCUUCUCAGGGCUCCUCUUGUGCCCCACAUAAUGCCACCUGCUACACAGGAGCCAAAGAACACCCGCCAUAUAGUAGCUGGAAAACACCCACCACACUGGAGCCAGAAAGCACCUGCCAUACAACGGCCAGAAAACACCUGGUGCACUGGCAGCCAGAAACCACCACCCACACAACAGAACCACCUACUUUACUAACGCUAGAAAAAUCCACAGUAUUGGAGCCAAAAAACACCCUCCUUACAAUAGUUGAAAAACACCUGCUACA